CACGCUUCCGGUGUUCCAUUUUUCUCUUUCCGGCCGGCGUGGGGGAAGCGUCUCUCAACAUGGCGUCUCGCAAGGAAAGCACGGUGGCCGCUAGCACCGGCUCCUCCGCAACCGCUAGCAAAGCCAGGGGCAAGGCGGCCCCGGGGGACUCGGCCGUCAAGCAGGUGCAGAUCGACGGGCUGGUUGUGUUAAAGAUUAUUAAGCAUUACCAAGAAGAAGGACAGGGGAAUGAGGUGGUCCAGGGAGUGCUGCUGGGACUUGUGGUGGAUGACAGGCUUGAAAUUACCAACUGCUUUCCAUUCCCUCAGCACACAGAAGAUGAUGCAGACUUUGAUGAAGUUCAAUACCAGAUGGAAAUGAUGCGAAGCCUUCGCCACGUAAACAUUGAUCAUCUUCAUGUUGGCUGGUACCAAUCUACUUACUAUGGCUCUUUUGUCACUCGUGCCCUCCUGGACUCCCAGUUCAGUUACCAACAUGCAAUUGAGGAGUCUGUCGUUCUCAUUUACGAUCCCAUUAAGACUGCCCAAGGAUCUCUGUCACUAAAGGCUUACAGACUAACACCCAAACUGAUGGAAGUUUGCAAAGAGAAAGAUUUCUCUCCAGAAGCAUUGAAAAAAGCAAAUGUUGCAUUUGAGCACAUGUUUGAAGAAGUGCCCAUUAUAAUUAAGAAUUCGUACCUGAUCAAUGUUAUGCUUUGGGAGCUGGAAAAGAAAUCGGCAGUAGCAGAUAAACAUGAAUUGCUCAGUCUGUCUGGCAGUAAUCACUUGGGGAAGACCCUGCAAUUGCUGAUGGACAGAGUGGAUGAAAUGAGCCAGGAUAUAGUUAAAUACAACACUUACCUGAGGAACACAAGCAAGCAGCAGCAGCAGAAACACCAGUACCAGCAGAGACGUCAGCAAGAAAACUUACAGCGACAGAGUCGAGGAGAGCCUCCACUUCCUGAAGAGGACAUGAGCAAACUGUUCAAACCUCUACAGCCCCCUGCCAGAAUGGAUUCACUGCUUAUUGCAGGUCAGAUUAAUACCUAUUGCCAGAAUAUCAAGGAGUUUACUGCACAGAACCUGGGCAAACUCUUCAUGGCGCAGGCUCUUCAAGAGCACAAUAACUAAAGAGAAAAAAAUGUGGUAUUUGAUAUAAUCUCCAACAAAAGAAGAUGCCCUGACUCUCAGUUUAUGCUUCUGACAACACUUUUGAAAACAUUGUAUAUUGGAAAAAUACCUUGUGAAACCAAGGCACACAGGUUUGCCUAGAAUUCUCUUCUUAAGAAAAAUAAAAGCAGAUUUUAACACU